ACUUGACUAUACCCUCCGACUGUCAAAAGUUACAGGAAUUACACGAACAAGAACACUAUGAGGACAGCGAUCAUAAUUUGAAAGCACAAGAAUUGUAACUUAUCAAAAUCAACACAGACAUGGACUUCAUACAGUGGCUACUUUCGGGAAUUCUUAUAUGUUUUGCCUUGAGAUACCCGCUGGAAAAAGAGAUAUUGGAGCAAUUACAUUUAAAUAUUACAAUGAAUCAAGCCAAAAAUUUUGAAUUAUUGGCUCAACAGCAGGAAUACCUGGCUACAUGGCGUACAGAAGAAAUAGACUCAUUAAAAGCGUUACAACAUUCCCAAUCCCACCUUUCAAGUCAACUUGACUAUAUUAGGAAUGUUCAGUUACGAGGAACUAACGACCAAUUAAAGUCUAUCCUGAAUACCACCCUAUCUUUACAAGACGAAACAGAAGCAGUAAUGCUACAAUAUCAGCACGCAAUUCAGAUAGCAACAUACAACAUACAGAAUCAAUUAGCCAGCUUAUUAGAGCAACAAAAGGAUGGUAUACAAAUGUUCAUUAGAGACUCUAUAUACACACAGUUGGAAGUGAUUCACAAACGACUGUCCGAUCACCAACAAGACUUACUGAUUGAUCUGAAUAAGACAAAGCAUGCUUAUCUCCAAGAUUUAACAGCAUGGAGAGAUACACUUGACUCUCUGAAUUCAAGCUUAUCUGAUAUUAUUCAUUACGAUUUGAAAAAACUGCAACUGGAGCUACUAACCAUUCAGAAUCAAGUCUCCGCGAUCUUGAUACCCUUUUUUUGGAUGAAUAAAGUCUGCCAAGAAUUCUCAACGAAUGCACAGCUGCUGCUGUUAGAUUCAAUCAUUUACACGGUCUUCAUGUACCAUGUGUACCUGUGUGCAACAGGAACUGUGAUUCGGAAAACAGUGUGCUUCAUUUUAGCAACAACAGUUUAUGUGUACGUCUACAUUCAUAUUGAUUGGUUUGUCACACCUGAGGUUAUUACGUUGACUGACAAACGUGUCUACUGAAACAGUAUAAACAGCUUCUGCAAUCGAACUUGUCAAUUUCCACUCUGAGAACAAUGAUGCUUAAACUUGCUAAGAAAUGGUAUAAGAGUAAUAGUGGUAUCAACAACGAUUGUGGUAGCACCAAGUUGAUACAAGAAGAUGAACUGCAUUUUCACCAACAACAAGAGCAACUCAGGCAAGACUAUAGGUACAACGAUACCAAUACAGAAGUUGCAGCUGAUUUCACUAACUUUUCACCAGCUGGGCAACAUAUAUUUGUCAGGAAGGUUGUCCAAUCAUGUUUUGAUGAGCAGGUUACAGAGAAGCUUCUUUUAGUUGAUCUUGACGAAAAUUAUGACGCUGAACCUUACUUCUCUUCGUCAUCGCC